AUGGCCGAGCUGCGGCACGGCACGGUGGCGGCGGCGGCGGCCCGCGCCUCCGGCUCGCCCGCGAAGCGCGACGCGGAGGCCGCCUCCGCCUCCGCAUCCUCUCCCUUCCUCUCCUCCCCACGCGGCGACGGCGGCAAGGACGGCGCGCUGCGCCCGCCCCCUCCGCUCCACCAGAGGUACCCGCUCCCGGCCGCCGUCCGCGCCCUCCUCGCGCUGGAGGACCCCCGGUCGCCCUCCGCCCCGCCCUCCUACCGGAUCCUGCUCGCCGUCCUCGCCUGCGUCGCCCUCGGCGCGCUCGUCUCCGCCCCCUCCGUCUGGUCGCGCCUCAACGCGCCCUACCUGUGCCGCAAGGAUGGGAUUCGGCUCCAGUGCCCCGGGGUGAGCAACUCUCUGUGGGAGAAUCCGCAUGCCGCCGCCACGUCUUGGAAGCCAUGUGCUGAGCGACGCAGCGACGAGAUCUCAGAUCUUGUGUCAGAGAACGAAACUUCUGGGUAUAUUUUUAUUCAUGCUGAGGGUGGAUUAAACCAGCAACGCAUAGCUAUAUGUAAUGCUGUCGCAAUUGCUAAGAUAAUGAACGCCACACUUAUUUUGCCUGUGCUGAAGCAGGAUCAAAUAUGGAAAGAUCAAACGAAAUUUGAAGAUAUCUUUGAUGUAGAUCAUUUUAUAAAUUAUUUGAAGGAUGAUGUGCGCAUUGUUCGAGAUAUUCCUGACUGGUUCACAGAAAAAGAUGAGCUGUUCACCAGUAUAAGGCGUACUGUAAAAAAUAUCCCAAAAUAUGCACCAGCGCAGUUUUAUGUUGAUAAUGUACUUCCAAGGAUCAAAGAGAAAAAGAUAAUGUCUAUCAAGCCAUUCGUUGAUAGAUUGGGAUAUGAUAAUGUUCCAAUGAAGAUAAACCGGCUCAGGUGUAGAGUUAAUUAUCACGCAUUAAAGUUUCUACCUGGCAUUGAAGAAAUGGCUGACAAGCUGGCAACAAGGAUGCGGAAUCGAACUGGAAAUGUAAAUCCAUACAUGGCUCUUCAUCUUAGAUUCGAGAAAGGAAUGGUGGGUUUAUCCUUUUGUGAUUUUGCUGGAACCAGAGAGGAGAAAGCAAUGAUGGCUGAAUAUAGACAGAAACAAUGGCCAAGACGCUUCAAGAAUGGAUCUCACCUUUGGUCUUUAGCACUGGAAAAGAGAAAAGAAGGCCGCUGCCCGCUUGAGCCUGGGGAAAUAGGUUUCAUUCUGCGUGCAAUGGGAUAUACGAAGGAGACUCAGAUAUAUGUUGCAUCAGGGCAAGUGUAUGGUGGAAACAAUAGAAUGGCACCGCUGAGGAAUAUGUUCCCCAAUUUGGUUACCAAAGAAGAUCUCGCAAGCAAGGAGGAGAUAGAGCAUUUCAAGAAGCAUGUAACCAGCCUUGCUGCAUUGGACUUCCUGGUAUGCCUGAAGUCGGACGUAUUCGUCAUGACCCAUGGCGGCAAUUUUGCGAAGCUGAUCAUCGGGUUCCGCCGCUACAUGGGGCGGCAUAGGCUCAAGUCUAUCAAGCCGGACAAGGGGCUCAUGUCGAAGUUCUUCGGCGACCCCUACAUGCCAUGGGCGACUUUCGUGGAGGAUGUGAUGAUCACUCACCAGACACGAACAGGCCUCCCCGAGGCCACCUUCCCGCACUAUGACCUCUGGGAGAACCCUCUCUCCCAUUGCAUGUGUAGAGCAUAA